AUGACCAUGAUCGUGGUCAUUGUCAUUGAUGCUAGAGAGUUACGACCGUCUGAUCACGGCCUUGAGUACUACUACGAACCCGGCGAGUCAUCAUCGGAGAUGACGUCAUUCUUCGGACCCCCUUCUUCAAAUGAGCUUUCGACGUCCACAUCGUCAUCAUCGACAUUGCCUAAUGCGGUGAAAUCUCCGAUGACGACGUCCUCAAAAGGUCGGGACGAUGAUGAUCACGUGAUGAGUCACGUGCUGGUUGUUGGCAGCUUGGUUUGUGGACUCUCCGGCGUCGCUUUGAUGAUCAUUUCUGCUCUCGUUUAUUUCCUUGGUUACCCGAAAUUACAAAAUUCGUGUGUUAAUUGUGAUCAGAUUCACAACGAUGAUACCAAGUAG